ACGUGAGCCAAGACUUCUACGACCUGCUGAACUUCUCAGACUCCCCUGACCCUGUCGACCCUGUUGACCACGCCCCAGAGGAGGAUGGCUCCAUCCCCAGCUCAUCAGGCCACACCCCUGGCCCGCCCUCUCCCCUCCCCUUCCCCCUUCCCCCGGCCAACAUGAAGAGUUUCCAGAAAGACAUCCUCAGACUGAUGAUGGACGGGAUCAAGAUCAGUCUGGGCAGUACGGGUCGUGGCGGGGCCCCCAGGCAGCAGUGGAGGAGGAUCCUGUGGUCGUGUCGGGACACCUUCAGGGUUCAGAUCGGACGCCUCUUGGUGCACACCCUCUCCCCUGCAUUACCCCUCAGGGACAGGAAGGAGGCGCUAGAGUUUGUGUUCGACCCUGCAAACCCUGACUUCCUCAAGGAGAGCCUCAGCCCCGGGUUAGAGCAUGGUCCCAAGCUAGCCAUGUAUCUGUAUGAGAUGCUCCAUGACCAUAAAGAUGCUCUGACCAAAGAGGAGCAGAGUACUGUGUGCAGUUUCAUGUCAUCACUGAAGCUGUGGGGUCAUCGCUGCAUCCCGCCCAGCGCACCGUACAAACCAGACCUGCUCAAGGCUAUCAAAGAGGAACAGCUGAAAUACGAGGCGGAUGAGAAGAGCAGUAAACUGGCCUGGGAGAAGAAAAUUUCCAACACACAGAAAAGUCUGAUCCAGCGUCUGGACGGUAAGUCCAAGGACAUCUCUAAGAUCGCUGCCGACAUCACCCAGAAUGUGUCACUGAGACAGGGUAUGGAGAGGAAGAAAGUGAUCCAGCACAUCAGAGGACUCUAUAAGAUAGACCUCAGCGCCUCAAGACACUGGCAGGAACUGGUGCAGCAACUCACACACGACCGUGCUGUGUGGUAUGACCAGAUGUCGUACCCUACUUCCUGGCAGCUGGACCCUACAGAGGGACCCAACAGGGAGAGGAGACGGCUGCAGAGGUGUUACCUCACCAUCCCCAACAAGUACCUGCUCAAAGACCGACGCAAGCCAGACGACCCAGCAGCGCGGGCUCCACUGUCCUUCCUGUUUGAGGAUAAGACCCACUCCUCCUUCUCCUCCACGGUGAAAGACAAGGCCACCAGCGAACCAAUCAGAUUCACCAGACGCUGCAUCAGUGUCGCUCCCUCUAGAGAGACCUCCGGAGAGCUGCUGCUUGGGAAGUCUGGGAUGUACUUCGUGGAGGAUAAUGCAGCUGACGCCCAUGACAACCAGAGUGUCCACGGGGAGACGGAGGCAGCCUCGUUCUCCUGGACCUAUGAGGAGAUAAAGGAGGUCCAUAAGAGGUGGUGGCAGCUCAGAGACAACGCUGUAGAGAUCUUCCUCACCAACGGACGGACUCUCCUGCUAGCCUUCCACACCACCAAGUUCCGUGAUGACGUGUACCACAACAUCCUGACCUCUGACCUUCCCAACCUCCUGGAGUAUGGUAACAUCACGGCGUUAACACACCUGUGGGGCUCGGGGCAGAUCAGUAACUUUGAGUACUUGACGCACCUCAACAAACACUCUGGGCGGAGCUUCAACGACCUGAUGCAGUACCCCGUCUUCCCCUUCAUACUGAAGGACUACAUUUCAGAGACACUGGACCUGGGGGACAGCUCCAUCUACAGGAACCUGAACAAGCCCAUAGCAGUCCAGUCUAAAGAGAAGGAGGAUCGCUAUGUGGACAAUUAUAAGUACCUGGAGGAGGAGUAUCGUAAAGGUGCGCAUGAAGACGACCCCAUGCCUCCUGUCCAGCCGUACCAUUAUGGAUCUCACUACUCCAACUCUGGCACUGUGCUACACUUCCUGGUUCGCAUGCCUCCAUUCACCAAGAUGUUCCUGGCCUACCAGGACCAGAGCUUUGAUAUCCCUGACCGGACCUUCCACUCUAUGAAUACAACAUGGCGUCUCUCCUCGUUCGAGAGCAUGACUGACGUCAAGGAGCUAAUACCGGAGUUCUUUUACCUCCCGGAGUUCCUGGUCAACAGAGAGG